AUGGCUCCAGCCACACCAGUCAUCAUCGGCGUCGCCGACGUCAAGAACCGCUCUGUCCAGGUCGAAGACGCCCUCGAGCCCGCGCAGCUCAUGCUCGAGGCCAUCCGCCAGGCCAUCCAGGACACGGGUCUCGAUUCUGCCUCCCAGCAACAGCUGCAGUCGCAGAUCGACAGCAUUGACGUCGUCCGGACGUGGACCUGGCCCUAUCGCGAUCUGCCGGGGCUGCUGGCGGAGAAGCUGCGCAUCCAGCCUGAGCAUCGAUUCUGUACCGACCAUGGCGGCAAUCAGCCCGCGAAGCUGCUGGAUGAAGCCGCCCGGCGCAUUGCCCUGGGGAAGACCAAGGUUGCCGUCAUCACGGGGGGAGAGGCUCUAGCCUCACUGGCCGCCUGCGCGAAAGCCAACAAGCUGCCUCCCCCUGGCUGGACAGCGCCAGACAAGCGCGUCGAGUCGGUCUUUUCUCCCUCGACCCUGGCUCUGGGUGAAGGUAUGCUGCAGACACUGACCUCCUAUGUGCAAUUGACACUCACCACAUCGGCGCGAGCAACAGACCUCGGUGGAAUCCACUCCAUCGGCGCCCCGAUCCACGUCUAUCCUCUGUACGAGAACGCCUUCCGCGCGUAUCGGGGCCAGUCGAUCCGGGAAAACAAUGCCGAGUCGGCCAGACUGUACGCCCAGUUCAGCCAGGUCGCGUCGCAGAACCCUUACUCCUGGAACUACGGCAAGCCAGCUGACACGGCGGAGUCGAUUGGCACCGUGUCCAAGCGAAAUCGCAUGAUCUGCUUUCCAUAUCCCCUCCUGAUGAACGCUUUCAACACCGUCAAUCUAGCAGCCGCCUGUCUGCUGACAUCGACGGAGUAUGCGCGACAACUGGGCGUCCCGGAAAGUCGAUGGAUCUAUCCGUUGGGUGGUGCAGGGACGAAAGAUAGUGACUGGUUCUGGGAACGACCGAAUUUCUUCACCAGUCCGUCCAUCUCCCGCUCGCUGGACGAGGGACUGCGCUCGUCGGGGUUGAGGGCAGAGGAUAUUGACCUGUUUGAUUUUUACUCAUGCUUCCCCAUCGUCCCCAAGCUCGCCUGUCAUCAUUUAGGGCUCGAUAUCCUGAACCCUGAAAAGCCGAUUACUCUGCUGGGGGGACUGACGUCUUUCGGGGGCGCAGGGAAUAAUUAUUCCAUGCACGCCAUCACAGCAAUGGUCCGCAAAUUGCGAACAGGCCCAGCUACCAAUGGCCUGAUCCUCGCCAACGGCGGUGUCCUGACCUACCAGCAUGUCGUCUGUCUGUCGUCGAAGCCUAGAAGAUCGUCAUCGUCCUACCCCGACAGAAACCCCCUCCCGGAGGUUAUUACUGAUGUCCCUGUUCCACCGAUCGCUGCCCAGGCAGAGGGCGAGGCUACGAUAGAGACCUACACCGUCGAAUUCAACCGCUCCGGCUCCCCAGAGAAAGGCUUCAUUGUCGGCCGCCUCAAAGAUACCGGCGAGAGGUUCGUCGCCAACCACGCUGAUGCGGAGAGUCUGGCUAGGCUGGCUGGCUCGUCUUCUUCGAGCGAGUUCGAGCCCAUCGGGCAGACGGUGUUUGUUUUUGUGGAAGAUGAAGACGAAAAUGAAAAUGAAAGUGAAAAUGGGAACGAUAAGAGAAGAAAGAAGGCGAGAAGGAGGAGGAAUCUGUUCUCCUUUGAGAGGAGGGAAAGCAAGGGGAAAGGGAAAGGAUUGUCUGGGGCGAAGUUUACAUGCAUGCAUAUCUGA